CACCAAACAAAACAUCACCUGAGUGGCGGAAGGAGCUCCAUCAUAAACCGCUUCUCAGGUGUUGCGAGGCCCAGAAAACCACCUGAGAGCCUCCGAACAGCGCUCUACUAUCGGUGUGAUGAACUAGGAGUGUGCAGGUGUUCGUGGGUGUCGGGAAAGUGACGGUGGAGGGCAGCAGAGGGUGGAUCGAAGGGUGUGGUUACGUGGUGUGAAGACGCCGUGUUGUUCAGGAGUCACGCCGCUCACAACACAAGAUACUUCACAAGGAGGCGUAAAUAUCCAACCCCUGAUGGUAUAUAUGGCAACUUAGCGCCUUGGUCCACCUUGUGUGAACUCCCUCGCCAUUACGCUGCCGGAGGUGACGGCUCGAACUUAGAUGUGAAAGGGGGAGAAAAAAAGUUAUCAUUGCGUUGAGGAAGGAAACUUUAAACGUGUGUGCAGUGAACAGUUCGGUUCCUGGACGUUAAAAUCAUGGUGCCUCCAAGGGAACGACGCACGACGGCGGGAUGGUGGGCUAUAGGCUGCCACGCCCUCGGGUUCCUGCUCAUUACCAUCGCCAUGUUCACCACCUACUGGCUCCAGGCCGAGAUGAAGGCUUACGGGACGGCCAUGGACAGAAUAGGGCUGUGGACGCAAUGUUUCCGCAGCCUGACGGUCACCAAGGAUAUAUAUCGGGAGCGGUUCUUCGUGGGUUGUCGUUGGCUCUUUGACCCCUUCACCACGGGCUACGAGGAUGUCCAGGAGAUGAUGCAGGAACCCUUCUUCGUGACGGUGCAGGUGUUCUUCACGUUCUGCUUCACGCUCUCCCUCAUCGCCACGGCGCUCACUGGCAUCCUCCUCCUGUGCCCCGGUGACGACUUCGAGAGAUCGGUCCUCAAGUUCGCCUACAUCGACCUCUUCAUCUCAUGGUUCUUUGGCUUCAUCGCCGUCAUCGUGUUCGGGGCGAUGGGUGACAACCGGGACUGGAUGCCUCACUGGGACCACAACCACCUCUCCUGGUCCUUCGGUUUGGCCGUGGUCGGGGUGGUGGGCGAGUUCGUGGCUGCGGUUCUCUUCUGGGUGGAGUACCGUAUCCAGAAGCGCAAGGAGUCUUAUCGUCAGAGCCACGGAGUCUUCACCCUCGAGGGGACCAAGGCCUAACAGCUCUUCAGGAAGCACCUCGCCCUCCCCCGUCCAGGAUUCAGGCAUUAUGUUUACUUAAUUCGCUACCGGACUGCCGUGUGUUUACUUUCCAAGAUUGUCGAGAAUGUAACGAAGUGACUGAGUAAGUGGACUACUGCUGCUACUAAUUUGAUUGUUUCUCUUGAAGACUGUCUGGCUAACCAAAGGGUAGUUAAAUGAGAAUAUGAAGCGAGGAGUCGGAUGUUGUCUUCAGUAAGUGUAGUAACGUAAAGCAAAACCCGCACACGCAAGUCCCUGUCAUUAUAGAUAUUUUUUAGCUAUACGCAUUUGCCAUUCCAUUCACAUAGGAUGAUGCUGGAUAAGAAAAUAUUCCCGUAAGUAUUAUAUAUCAGCAUUACUGUGGAACAACAUCAUGUAAGAUCUUUGAUGUGAUGUUAGCUCAAUGUUUACCUUUUGUUGAAUGUUAUCGGUCUGCAAAUGUUCAGUAACACAAAAUAUAUACAAACUUUUUAACAUUUUUAUAACGAAUAGACUUAAGGUUGUACAUAUUUUGUCACUUCAUAAUUCAUUUCAAUCCACACAGUAAAUUGGCUGGUGAUCUCCAAAAUUAUUCCUGUGUCAACAGAAAGCCGAGUCAGGGCAUCAGAAUGUAACUUUAAAUAUCCAGGAACAAAAGUUUAUUAGAGUGUGGACCUUUCUUAGUGAUAUAGAAUAAAAAAUGGUGUUAUGACUAUGGAAAUUAUGUAACAUAGCUAAUGAUAUGUUACUCUCAGAUCAACUCUUGUUUAUGGCUGAUGGAGAUCAUAUUAAUAUCUAUGCAGCUCUAUUGGGAAACAACUUUGCAUAUAAAUCUCUUAUUAACAGAUUUCAAAAUAAUGUUCAACAAUUUCAUACUGCAACAUUAUGAGAGCUUUAACUUUAUUGAAAUUUAAAACUUGUGAAAAGAGAACAUUAAGUUUUGAGGACAGUCAGUAUGUUUUCCACAAAUAUGGGGCUGGGUGUUCAACUGGGUCUUUGUAAAUACUGAUGUAGAAUCCACUUCUUUUUUCUACUGUUUGGAUGACUGUUAGUGUGUAAGUUACUACUCCGUCCUUUCCUCCACAACCACAUUCCGUCCAAUGAACUGUGACUAAACUGACAUUUAUAACAUAUAACACCAUCAAUAACAAUAUAAUUUUGCAAGUUGAAGAAUGGUCCAUUUUCUGUGUCCACGAAAUACUGUACAAUAUAAUGUAUAACUGAUAUCAUGGUAUUUAGGAGUGUCAUGUUGGUGUUUGACUAACUGGUCCGUCCAUUGCUUCAAGCCUGUGUUAGUUCUCUGUGCUUUGACCAAACAGAACGUCAACAACAACAAUACAAACGAUAUAUAAUAUAUAUUUUCGUACGCGUGUUGAGAGCUGAGCGUGGUGUGGACUUGUGGUGUUUUGAAGCAUCAUAUUUGUGUACUGCUUGUUCCACUGUGUGUUCCCUCGACAAGGUCUGCUCAAACUGUUCAGCACAAGGCAACGGUUAAGUGCCAACCUUUCCGAUCUCGAUGGAGUGUGGCAGUUUAGGGCCCUGAGGCCGUCUUGGGGCUGUGUCUGUCUGUCUGACGAAAGAACAACAAUAAACUAAGUUUUCUUUA